AUGGCCGCCUACAAGGCCCAAUUGAGCGUACAUACUGGAUGCGAGGCCACCUGGUGUCGUUACUUCCCUACGACCCUCAAAGGGUUAACACUCAGUUGGUUCUCUAGCUUGUCACCCGGCAUCAUCACCAACUUUUCAGUUCUGGAAGCGUUAUUUCACCAACACUUCAGCGCUGGACGGAGGCACAAGAAUACUAGCAUCCAUCUAAUGUCAAUCAAGCAACAAGAGCACAAGAGCCUCGCUGAUUACAUCAAGCGGUUUAAUGAAGAAUCGUUGAAGAUUUCGGAUCUUCAAGAUGGGGUAGCAUUCACUGCCCUAACGUCGGGACUAUGGCCGGGGAAGUUCAGAUGGUCCCUCGCUGAAAACGAAGUUACAACCUUCACCGAGGCCAUGAGUCGGGCUCAGAAGUUCAUCCAAGCCUCCGACAUAUGCAAGCCUGUCGUGGAGAAGCCUAAUAAGAAGAAAGAAGAACUCCCUUAG